CUCUUCGUUCUCAUUUCAGGGCGCAAUUCGUUGGUUGGCGUUCGUGCAAACAACCAAACAACGACUGCCUUCUUCUUUGCUUCGUGCCUUGCUUGCUUGCCUCUUUCACCUUGGCUGUGUGUCCUGGCUUUGUUGUUGGUUGACUGUCAAAGGCUCGGCUUGCUUGAUCCCUGCCUCCCUCCUCUCCCCUCUUCGCUUCCUCUCCUUAUCCUCCUUCUUCAAUACUCUCGUGAUCCUUCUGCGCCUUGCUCAGCGGUGUGGACGCUGGCGGGUUGUCAGCCCCCAUCUCAUCCCCUCCACACAUCAUCUUUCGUGUGUCACAUCAUCUGACAUCGUCGAGUAGCGUGUUGACGUUGUACACAACUUUGUUGUCACACAUUAUUUCGUGUGCUUUGAUCCCGACUUCUCGUACCUUGAGGACUGCUUCCCUCUGUUUCCUCCGCUCCCCUCCAUUCCUCCGCUCCCUUCCUUCCCUUCCUCCCCUUCCUUGCGUUUGGCUGUACCUUGCUUGGACAGGGCAGCAGCGUCAUGUCGUUUCGCAGGCUACUCUCGCGCAAGUUCAAGCGGUUGUUCGGUUCAGACGAUGACCUCGUUGCCCUGCCUGGCGCACAGGCCGUCCACCUCAUCGUCGUUCAGUCCGAUGCUGAGGAAGCCCAGCAACAAGAAUCGUUGCAACGCUCCAUUGCGAGGGCACAACGUGUUCUCGGGCCCAGGGUGCAUUUCAUCAACACAACAACACGGGAAGUGCAGGCGUCCUCGCCCGUGGAGAACGUAGGCGUGGAGUCGUCGUUUCGCAGCGAGAAGCACCCGCCACACCUGUCCUCCGUCGUCAUGGCAUGCAGCCUCGCCUUCAGCAUCCUUCGCCAGCGCGCGGGCGGUGCGCAGGCGCCACACGCGUGCGUCAUUGUGGAUGAGAGUGCCGCUCCCGCCAUUGGCGCGUGCCUGCAGCUGCUCUUCCACCCGAAACCGGAGGAGCGCGAACAGGACGCCAUCACCAAGGACAUGGACCACCUGUCCCGCGUCCUGUCCCGCAGCGGCGGCCCCAUCGCCGUGCCAUCAACGCACCACGCGUUUGUGGAGCGCGUGGCCACGGAUUUCAAGCGACUCACACAUAACAUGGUCCAGCUGCAGCCGGGCAACGACAACCGACACCAGCACCCGGAGCAGAGCCAGGCCGUGCCGCGCCCAGCCAUCUUGGAAUCAAAGUGGAAGGUGAAGGAGAUUAUCAUGCAUGGCGUGCCCAAGCUGCCGCGUCGCAUGCGCCCCAUGGUCAUGAUGAUCAAAGGCAACACCGUCGCCUACAACAGCAUGACGCAGCCCGGCGGUAUCCGGCCCAUCCCGCGCAGGUCCAAGUUCCACGCCUUCCCCAUCAACGUCAAUGUGGCCGGCGACUUUAUUGUGCGCAUCUACCACAAGCCAGAGGGCCAGCCAGGACACGUGCUUGGCACAUUCACCUUCAGCACCGCGUUCUUUCCCGGCAUUGCGGAGAAGGCAACAUCGUGGCCCACCUACCGUGCACACCUGCGGGACGUGGUGAGCGACGACCCGUCCGUGUUCCCACAGAACUUCUUCAUUGACGUUGUGUUUGGUUCGAUGGACAGCAACCCGGACGACAGGCCCUCCCUCUCGGAGCCCAUGCGCGGGCGGGCGAACGGAAACAGUGCAGACACGGCCGCCACAUCCUCUGGCACGAAUGCUGUAGGUGAUGUUGAUGAUGUUGUUGAUGAUGAUGAUGACGACGACGACGACGACGACGACGGCGCAAGUGGACGCAUGCAUGAUGCCUCACCACAGCUCAUGUUUCACAGAGGCAGAACACCAGCGCGGCGGGACCUGCACGAUGAGCCAACAUUUGAGAUUCUGCGGCAGCUGCAGCAAGCGCUGCUGCCCGAACCAACAUCACAGACCACAUCAACCACCACGGAACCACGCUCGCACGAUGGCGAUGUGGCAGGUGAUGAUGAUGACGAUGAUGAUGAUGAUGACGAUGAGGAUGACGAUGAGGAUGACGAUAUUCAGAUUGCCAUUAUGGACGACACCCCGCCCCCGACGCUCUCCACCUCGGCAUCGUCCCAACAACAAAGCGAAGGGCAGGCGCAGAGCACAAGCGAGAACCAGGGCGAUGGUGAUGGUGAUGGUGAUGGUGAUGGUGAAGGUGAUGGUGAUGGUGAUGGUGAUGGUGGAGAACAGACUGCCACGGAGGAUGGUGCACCGAGUGGCAUGACGGACGAAGAAUACGCACGCAUGCUGCAGGCGCAAUUUGACGAGGAGGACCGUCGUAUGCGGGCAUCCAUGCGGUCACGGGAGCGAGCACGGCGUGAACGACGCGAGAGGCGCGAGCGACGUGCUGCUGCACGACGCAUGCGCACGCGAUCAAGACACGCUGGCGACGAAAACGACGACGAGGCACUCCCACCCCCACCACCAACACUCCCACCCGUGCCGCGCCGACGAGGCCAGGGCCCACGCGAGGAGGAGGAGGAGGCGAGUGCAGAAGACAUCCAGGCGAGCCUUCGCGCACUCAUGGAGAUGUUUGCUGAAAUUGGUGUGCCGCCACCGUUUGCCCGCCAAGAGAUGAGCAUGGUGUCACGAUCCCGUAUUCGUGCUCUGCCACGCCACACUCUCACCGCGGCGAGCAGCUUGCUGGAGAAGGAAUGCCAGAUUUGCAUGUGCGGCUACGAGGUGGACGAGAUGGUGAUGACACUGCCGUGCCUCCACAUUUACCACAUGGCGUGUGCGGAGCGCUGGCUGCUGCGAAAACCGACCUGCCCCAUCUGCCUCACGCGCAUCGACGCGCACCAAAACGAGGAGGGCCCGGACGCAGGGGAGGGCUGAAUGUGUCUGCGUCUGUGUGUGUGUGUGUGUGUGUGUGUGUG